AUGAACAGUUCAUCAGAUCCUCGUCGUCCAGACAAAGAAAUUCGCUACAGACCAUCAGCAGCAAGCAAUCAAACUCAGUCUGGUGAUGAUUUAACACCAGAUUACAUGAACAUCCUUGGAAUGAUUUUUAGUAUGUGUGGCUUGAUGAUGAGGUUAAAAUGGUGUGCAUGGGUAGCACUGUACUGUUCCUGUAUUAGUUUUGCUAAUUCAAGAGUCAGUGACGAUACAAAACAAAUUCUUAGCAGCUUCAUGUUAUCAAUAUCGGCUGUAGUAAUGUCUUAUUUGCAAAAUCCACAGCCAAUGACUCCACCAUGGGCAAGUGCAAUACAGUGA